CUCCCGCAGCGCAAGAUGGAGGCGGCGGGCGAGGAGCGGCCGGCGCCGGCCGCUUUCGUGGCGGCCCUGCGGCCCGAGGCCGGCGGUACCGCGGCUGCCGUGCUGCCCGAGCGGCUGCAGCGGCGGGAGGCGGAGCGGCAGCGCGGCGUGGCGCGGCAGCGGGAGCAGAAGGAGGCGCAGGCGGUGCUGGAGGAGCGCAGCGAGUUCUUCGCCGCCGCCUUCGGGCGGGAGCGGGAGGCGGUGGAGGCGCUGCUGGCGGCGGGGCGGCCCGAGGAGGCGGCGGCGCGGCUGCAGGGGCUGCAGAAGCUGCUGACCGAGAGCGUGCGCUUCCUGGCGCCCUACGAGGUGCGGCAGAGCCAGGACGCCGUGGCCCGGCUGCAGGCCGCCCUGGCGGCCCGGCGGCAGCAGCUGCAGCCCAAGAAGAAGUUCGCCUUCCGCGCCCUAAAGAAAGAAGCGGCCCCGGGCGCCCAGCCUCGCCCCGCCGAGCCCGAGGAGCCCGCCGAGCCGCCGGCCCCGGGCUGCGCCGAGGGGGAGCCGGGCGGGCCCCCGCUGUGCGGCUUCAGCGGCGCCGAGGGUCGCGAGCUGGAGCUGGGCCCGGCCGAGCUGCUGCAGCGCGACGUGGUGCUGGCGGAGCUGCGCGGCUGCCGGGUGCGGCUCCGCGGAAACCCCAACACGCUGCGGGUGCGCGAGUGCCGCGGCUGCACCGUGCUGUGCGGGCCCGUCUCCACCUCCGUGCUGGUGGACGGCUGCAGCGAGUGCCAGCUGGUGGUGGCCUGCCAGCAGCUCCGCACGCACCGCACCCGCGGCAGCCGCUUCUACGUGCAGGUGACCAGCAGGGCCGUCAUCGAGGACUGCAGCGAGGUGUCCUUCGCGCCUUACGCGUGGAGCUACCCGGGCAUCGAGGCCGACUUCGAGUCGUCCGGGCUGGAUAGAAACAGCAACAACUGGAACCUGGUGGAUGACUUUGACUGGCUGGCGAGCGACAGGCCCUCGCCCAACUGGAGCCUCAUCCCCGAGCAGGAGCGCGUCAGCUGCUGGGACUGACACCGAGCGAUGGAUCCUGCCGGGAACGUGCUGAUUCACCCCAGCAGGCCAUAAAGUGAUUGCAGGUGGUGCUCCAGGGGGGAGUUACAGCGUACGGCUGGCUGCUCUCCUUGAAAAACGCCACUCGGAUGUAGUUUACUGUUAUUAAAUUUGCUGCUGUAAUCUGUAUGUAUCGCUGUGGGAUUGACCAACUACUGCAGUGCCUCAUUGUUGAGUUUCUUUAAUUAAGAUGGGGCUGGGGGUACCAGUAUGCACGUGGCAGAGAGCCUCGAUUAGAGCUGCUGUGCUGCUGUUGCUCAGCCAGGCGGAAUCCAAGCUCCCUGCUAGUGCAAGCUGUAGUCAGCUGAAAAGAGGGAAUGCCAAACUUGUCUCAUUUCUGUGGUGCUGCAAUUACAGACUGUUGUUAUGGAUAUGGGCAAUGGGGGUAUUCAGUGAAGCAGCAAACAAAAAUUUAAAGAGGGAGUUUGUACAUGGGUACUGUAUGUCAAACAGAGGCGAAUCCUGGGCUGCAACGCAUCUGGGACCCGGGUUCCUCUGUGCGGGUGACAGCUGUUAGUCAGACUUCCAUUUCAAGGAAAAAAAGGUUAAUGAAAAUGUAACGCUCUCCUACUAUAUUAAUGAUUGAAAUGAAGAAAACUCUAGAAGGUAGAUAAAUACUAAGUAGUCACAGUCUGAAAAUAUGCAAGAGGAAGCCGCUUCUGUAAACAGCAUGAACCUGAAUAAGAUCAGACUCAAGCGUACCUCUCAGGGCACAUUGUGUGCUGACAGGCAUCACAAGUUUCAGGGCAGUGGCAUUCAGGUGUGGCCCCAUGGUUGGUUUUUCUGCCUGCAGCCAGGGAGCUUUGCUGUCAUCAUAGCUCUCAUCAUAGCUCACAGCACUGCCCCUGCCUAUCACAUGCAGUGCUGACAGAGGGACUUCAUAAAAUGUGACAACGGAGCACAGUAUUGGGGUUCCAGAAUAGCAUCUUGCAUAAAGGCCCUUGGUGCACAGUGACUUCUCAAAUCCCAUUUAUUCACUCUUGUUCAAUACCAGAAAAAAAUAGCAUUAUGAUGGGAUUUCUUUUUAUAAUGAUCUGUUAAUGGUGCAAUGAGCAGUGUGCAAAACCAGCCCCUUCCUUGGAAAGGAACUCAUUGCCUUGCUUAAACAGCAGCUCAAAAGUUGUAUUUAAGAACUCUGCCAAAUAUUUAUGCUGCCCUAUCAUUGUAUGUGCCUCUGAAAGAAAAAGAAUAACAACUAAUCCAUCAAAACUGCAUCACUGCUAUGAGAAAUAUUUUGAGUUCUUAACUGCUUUGAAACAACAGAGAAACUUAACAUGUUUUUUUUCAGCACUUUAAAAAGGGAAGGAAAAUAAGGGUGGGUUUUUUUUAAAUGUAUUUCCACAACUUCUCACUUUUGUUUACUUCUGUUGAUGUAUACUUUUUUUGAAUGAACUGGAUUUUGCAUUUCAGU